AUGGCCACCACCACCACCACCACCACAAGCAUGACGACCACUGACACCAUCUUCCAACAAGAAAAGCCCUGGUCUAGCCACCCGUUCAAGCUGAUCUCAGAUACGGGCCUGCAUGCCCGUUCUGAUGUGCCGCGCGACCAUUAUGUGGUCAAGUUCACCAAAGAUAUGGCUCUAGUGCACAAUCUGAUUUUGCGUGGGCUCAAUGCGGCGUACAACCAGUGUCUAUCGGUGACACCAGGCACACAGGCGGCCCAGGAUUUUCUCAUCUUCAACCAAUGUGUAUAUGAGAUGCUCAAGUCGCACCACGACAUGGAAGAGGAGCAGUUGUUUCCUGCGCUCGAGAAGGCCCUCAAUCAGCCAGGCGCAAUGGCGACCAAUGUGGCUGAGCAUCACGACUUCCAUGACGGCCUCAUGCAUUUCCACGACUAUGUCUUUCAGACCGAAGCCGACAAUUAUGACGGGCCGACGCUACACGCUAUUAUCGAGUCAUUCGGUUCACUAGUAGAAAAGCAUCUACACAACGAAAUUGCGCCGCUGUACGACCUCCACGUCGUCGAGAGUAAUGCCCUGAAAGCACUCUGGAACGAUGUCGAGAAAAACUAUCAACCUAAUUUUGACAAAUACCGCCAUGUUCCACUAGCCAUGACUUGCGCCGACAAUACCUUUGAAUUGGACGGCCAGGUAACGCCAUUUCCCGGUCUUCCUGUCUUUGCGGCUUAUAUUGUGAAGUUCCUGUUGGGUCGCAGGUUUUCGGGCGCCUGGGAGUUUGCGCCGUCGGACUUUACCGGGCGGCCACGGUUGCAGCAAGCGUCACUGUAG